AAAAAAAAAAAAAAAAAAAAAAAAGAAGGAAAAAUCCUCAUGUCCUCUCCGUCUCUCUCAAUUCUUCCCUUCCUGUUCUUCCUCUUCUCCAAUUUUCCCAUCACUCAAUCUUCCAUUUCCAACACAUCCUCCCUCAUCUACAAGACUUGCAAGACCAGCUCCGAUCAAGACCCCAACAUCUCCUUCAAUUUCUGCCUAACAUCUCUCCAACACGGGGUGGCUGCCACCGCCAAGCAUGGCCGCACCGCCCUUGAUCUCCGCCGCCUCGGCCUCAUCUCCCUUCGCUUGGUUCGCCGUAACGUGAGCAGCACACGCCACCAUAUCAAGAAGUUGCAAAGAAAUAAGCACCUCAACACGUUGGUUAAAUCCUGUUUGGCUGAUUGUUUGGAGCUUUAUUCUGAUGCGAUCCCAAUUUUAAAGGAUGCUCGAAGGGAUUAUAAGGAUAGACGUUACUUCGAGACGAACUUGAAGAUCAGCUCGGUUAUGGAUGAUUGUUCGACUUGUGAAGAUGGAUUCGAGGAAGAAGGAGUGAUUUCACCGUUGACUAAUAGAAACUAUAAUGUCUUUGAAUUAUCAGCUAUUGCACUCUCCAUUAUUAAUAUGCUUUCUUGAGGAAAAUUGUAAUAGAAGAAAAAUAAUUGGAAUUUUUAUUCAAUAAUGUAAUAAAUGGAGUAAUUUUAUAUGGUAA